UACAUUUUCUAUUUAGAUAAUUAACAAAACAGUAAAAAAGUUAGAUAUUUAGGUUAUCAGUUGGGUUUCUACAUGGAUGUCCUUGUUGAUGUUCCUCUUUUUGUCAUUUUGUCAGGUAUUUAAUGAUCCCAUCCAUGGCAGUGUAGAGCUGCCUCCUCUGCUCGUCAAGAUCAUUGACACGCCUCAGUUUCAGCGACUUCGAAACAUUAAACAGCUCGGAGGGAACAGUUAUGUUUACCCUGGAGCAAACCACACCCGCUUUGAACACAGCAUUGGGGUGGCUUACUUGGCUGGAGAACUUGUCAAGGCUCUGAGAGAGAGGCAGCCAGAACUGAAAAUCACUGAGCGUGAUGUCCUUUGUGUGCAGAUUGCUGGACUCUGCCAUGACCUGGGACACGGACCUUUUUCUCAUCUGUAUGAUGGCAUGUUUAUACCUCAAAUGCAACCUGAUGUCAAACAGAAAUGGAAACAUGAGACUGCCUCUGUAGAGAUGUUUGACCACAUGGUGAAGGAAAAUAAGUUGGAUGAGGAAAUGAAGAAGGAUCAGGAGUUCAACAAGGAGCUGAACAGUCCAGACAUUUCUGAUGAUAUGUUGAAGGAAAAAAUAAAGAAGGAUCUGAAGUUCAUCAAGGACCUGAUCAAUCCAGAAAUUUCUGAUGAAGAGAAAAAGGCCUUCACUGGUCGUGGUGAGGACAAGUCGUUCCUCUAUGACAUUGUGGCCAACAAAAGGAAUGGCAUCGAUGUGGAUAAGUGGGAUUAUUUUGCCAGAGACUGCCAUUAUUUGGGUAUGAAGAACAGCUUUGACUAUCGCCGCUUAAUAUUAUCUGCCAGGGUGUGUGAAUGGAAGGGUAGGAAUGAGAUCUGUUUCAGAGACAAGGAAUUGUUCAAUCUGUAUGACAUGUUCUACACGAGGUUCUCUCUGCACAGAAGAGCCUACCAGCACAAAACUGGCAACAUCAUAGAACGGAUGAUCACAGAGGCCUUUGUGAAAGCAAAUGAAUACAUUCAGAUUAAAGGUUCUAGAGGACAAACCUUCAAUCUGCUCACAGCUAAAGAUGACAUGGAGGCCUACACCAAGCUAACAGAUAACGUAUUUGAGCAGAUACUGAAUGAUGACAAUCAGAACAUGAGAGAGGCAAAGGAGAUUCUGGGCAAAAUCCUUAAACGGAACCUCUACAAGUGUCUGGGGGAAUUUCCUUCAAAAAGAUCUGAAGAUGAAAUCAAGAAAAUCAAAGCUCAGGUGGCUCUACCAGGUGGCACAAAGCAAGAUGACUUUGUGGUUGCUACAAGUAAACUAGACUACGGGAAGAAGGAAAAGGACCCAAUAGAGGAAGUGCGUUUCUACCGAAAGAGUGAUCCAAAUAAAGCCAUCACACUGACCAGAGAAGAAGUAUCUUAUCUUCUUCCAGGAAAUUUUGAAGAGAGACUAAUCAGAAUCUACUGCAAGAGGACAAAUGAUCAAACUGUGGAAAAUGACAGGCAGUAUUUUAAGAAAUUUAAGUCCAUACACAACGAAUUUUCUGGGCCACAGAAUGAAGAUGUGGCAGCUUCUGAAGAGUCUCUUCCAUAAUCCAGCUGGGGCAGCAAUUAUAAAGUUUUAUGAAAUAAACUUGGAAUUUUAGACUAAGUGCAGAAACAACCUUGUACAAAUCAUUGGGAGAAGGUUUUUGUUCAACUCUGACUUUAAGUAAUAUUUUUUAUUGAAUACAGGUGUUUAUCAGCACAAUUUAAAUAUACCUAUGAGGAGAAGGGAAUGAAUUAAAAUAAGGGUUAAUAUCAGAAUGCUUCGAUUUCUGUUGGGAGGUUUUUAUUAUAAGAGAUAAAGUUUUACAUAUUUUAAAAAUGCAUUUAAAUGAUUUAUUUAAUUGGGCUUUAUUCACUUUUAUUUUAAAGUCAAGUUCUGAAAUUUAAGAAACUAAAAUGUUUUAAGUACACAUUAUAUACAUGGGAUGUUUGUAUUUGUCUUUGAUUUGCAGAUGGUGGCUUCAGGGUAGUUUUUAUUUAUCCAUUUAACAUUUAAAGUACUUACAUAUUUUUAUCACUAGUUUCAGAGGUGGCUUAUUUUCCCUCAUAAUUUAGUUUUCUUUGAGGUUUGGCUGCAAUAUGUUUGUGCUUUUUAAUUGUCUUCAUGUUUGAUAUACUUUUAAUACUACAUGUGUAUUUUAGGGUACUACUUUAAAAAUACCAUACUUUACCAAAAUAAGUUUUCACAAACAAUUCACAAAUUUCUUGUUUAUUGAACUUGAUUUUCAUAGUGGUGAAGGUAACAUCUUUUCAAAGAUUGAAGAAUGUUCUGUUUAAAUUAUUUUAUUUUGUUAAACGUAAGAGGGCAUAAUACUUAAAUCUAACAACAAAUUAAAGAAAAUAGUUUCAUCACAAGUGGAGGCAUAAAAGUUGCAGCUCUGUUUUCCACAGACACUAAUGAGAGGCUUCAACUGUGUAUAUUGAUUACUGAUUAUUACCACAUACUCAGUUGAAUGACAGUUUAUUUUAUGGCUUUUAUUUUACUUUGUGGCUUAAUGGGCAUAAUCAAUAAUAUAAAGAAGAAAGAUUACUUGGAUUUUAUGCCCUCCCUAUAUGUUUUAUUGAAAUACUUUAUAACUUCACACUCUUUCAAUAAAGUUCUUAAUUGUACAUGUUUGCUGAACUCUAAAUUACAGAUACAAAACAAUUCAAAAUAAAACAAAAAAUUUUUUUCCAUCA